AUGAAUCACCACCCACCACUCACCGUUCAUCUGACCGAGAACCCUCCCUGCGUUCACUUGAACUCGCACCCAGUUUCGGUUAACACUCAACAUUCUCACAAGGGGUCAAGUAGUAGGCAUGAUACCAAUCUAGCAUGGAGAAACCUGGUCGACAACACCACUGCCGCCUCGCUCUCGCCUUGCAUAACUGAUGCCUCAGACACCAAGACAUUCUACAGCGCCAUUCAAGUCACAGACAUUCACCCUGAUAGCAGCGACGAGGACGACAACAUUUCCAUCACCACCGGCAUGGCAGCGGGUUCUACUUCUAACGGUGCCAGCGUGGCUGAGGAUAAGCCGGCGAAACCAAGAAAGUCUCCUUCACGAUCAUCGUCAACUUCUCAGCGUUCCCCUCGAUCAGCAUCAUCUAGCACGGCUGGCACCUCGAAAAAGGAGCGCCGCAGGACUGCCUCCUUCCAAGCCCAAAGCCCAGCCAGCCCACCACGCAGCAACAGCAUCCAGAUGUCACAGCAGAAACGAGACGAGCUUUUGGCCUUGCAUCGAGACAGUUGUCGCAUCUUCCAGGACGUCGGAAUGGCCGCCGAACCUCUGGAAAACUCUUAUGACGAGCCCCGUUUGACCCAGUCCACUACUGUGUCUCCCAUCAUGUCGCCUAUUCUCCAAUACCAGCGCUCACAUUCGUUUCCUAUCAACGACGGCGACGUCUCAGAAGAUGAUCUGCUGUCUGUUCGUCAGCCUCGAAGAAUAAGCAUCGUCCACUCGGAACCAGAUCCAGAGCGAGAGCCAUCCCAGCCUCCGCAGUCACCGCACGAGCAAGUGCCUACAACGGUGAUUGACUGGACAUCACCAAGCACUCGGCGGCGCGAAUACGAGGCAAUCGAUCGCUCCAACCGAUGUUUUCGCCGAAUCUGGCGCCGAAUGACGCCUCGCUGUUUUCGCCCAUCCGGGGCGAGAACACCGUUUUUCGAGACGGGCAAAGAUGGGAAGGCUAACUAUGAGGGCAGCGUGCGACGCUUUCGCAUGGAUAUAACGGACGAGAAAGAGGCAGUCUCUCGCCCUAAGCCCGUGAAGCGGACAUGGUCUUGCUUUUAA